AUGUUGACGGUGUCCUUUAAGGUCAAUCAUCUCCUAGUGUCGCUGCUUCAGUUGGAGGAACAGUCAGUGGAUAAUCAUCCCAAAAUGUCGAAGACAACAAAAUUCAGUGAACAGACAAAGUAUGAAACCCAAACUGAUGAUGGUUUGGAAGCCCACCAGUACCAUGUAAUAUCAAAAGAUGUGACUGCCAAUUUGGAACCAAGUAAUGAGUAUGAAGAAAUCAAGAGUAAGGGUAUCAAAACAUACAUUGAACUGGAGGAAACAAACCCAAGGAGAGAAGAAAAAGGGUCUGAUGAUUUAAACGCCUAUUAUUCUACAUGUUCUAAUGCAUCUUGACACAAGAAAGACGAGAGAAACCAAUGUUCUGACAAUUACAAAUUAUGUGCACCAAAACGACAAUUUUAUCAUGAUGACUCAUUAUCUAUUAUGUCUUUUAAUGCAUUUCAUUAAAACGCCGAUUUUUAAUGUCAGAUUCAAUUAAUACUCAACAGAUUUUAAGGUGA